AUGCCGCUGUGUAUAUUCUGUCUUCAUCUGUCCUUGGUCACAAUUUCUCUGUUGUCACUGCAGAAAGCCAUUAGUCUUGCGACUAAAGCCACACAAGAAGACAGGGCAAAGAACUAUGAGGAGGCCUUACGCCUUUAUCAGAUCGCUGUGGAAAAUUUCCUUCAUGUCAUCAAAUACGAGACCCACAGAGACAAGGCAAAGGACAGCAUACGAGCCAAAUGCACACAGUACCUGGACCGAGCAGAGAAGCUUAAGGAAUACCUGAGGAAUAAACAACAGGCCAAGAAGCCUGUGAAGGUGGCACAGAGCAAUGACAAGUGUAAUAGUGACAGCGAGGGAGAAAACCAAGAUAAGAAACUGCAGGAUCAAAUUAUGGAUGCCAUUGUAAUGGAGAAGCCCAACAUCAGCUGGAAUGAUGUAGCUGGCCUGGAGGGGGCCAAGGAAGCCCUGAAGGAAGCCGUCAUUCUGCCCAUCAAAUUCCCUCACCUAUUCACAGGCAAGCGGACUCCAUGGAGAGGCAUCUUACUGUUCGGUCCUCCGGGGACGGGGAAGUCAUACCUGGCCAAGGCCGUAGCCACAGAGGCCAACAACUCCACCUUUUUCUCCGUCUCUUCCUCAGACCUCAUGUCCAAGUGGCUGGGAGAGAGCGAGAAGCUAGUGAAGAGUCUUUUUGACCUGGCUCGCCAACACAAACCCUCCAUCAUCUUUAUUGAUGAGGUGGACUCACUGUGUGGCUCCAGGAAUGAGAACGAGAGCGAGGCUGCCCGUCGCAUAAAGACAGAGUUCCUGGUCCAGAUGCAGGGUGUGGGAAACAACAUUGAUGGUGUCUUGGUGCUGGGAGCCACCAACAUCCCCUGGGUGCUUGAUGCUGCCAUACGCAGAAGGUUUGAGAAGCGCAUCUACAUCCCACUGCCAGAGGAGCCGGCUCGGGCUCAGAUGUUUCGCCUUCAUCUGGGCAACACCCCUCACAGUCUGAGCCCGGCCAACCUGUCGCAGCUCGCCCACAACACAGACGGCUACUCAGGAGCCGACAUCAGCAUCAUCGUCCGGGACGCUCUCAUGCAGCCAGUCAGGAAGGUCCAGUCUGCUACACACUUCAAAAAGAUUCAGGGUCCGUCCCGCAGCAACAACCAGGUGAUGGUGGAUGACCUCUUGACCCCGUGUUCCCCUGGCGAACCUGAAGCCAUAGAGAUGACCUGGAUUGAUGUACCUAGUGAUAAGCUACUGGAGCCCAUAGUAUGCAUGUCAGACAUGCUGCGCUCUCUGUCCACUACCCGUCCCACGGUCAGAAGUGAAGACCUGCUGAAGAUCCAGAAGUUCACAGAGGACUUUGGGAUGGAGGGCUAA